UACUCGAAUUAAUAAUAGAGAGUUUAUUAAAAGGGUUGUUCAACAAAAUCAAAAUAAUAAAAUAAUACCUGGUUAUAUUUGUCAAACUCCUGGUUAUAUUUGUCCUCAAACUAGACAAGAUUCUGGUUAUGUUGAAAAUGAUUCAAGUACUGCUAUUACAAACUUCUAUCGAUUAAUUUUUCCAAAUAGUUGUACAAGAUUCUCAGAUCUUUUAAUAAUGGGAUUAGAUAAUGAUAGUAUUUUAAAAGAAAUAAUUUCAGAUCUAACUUUUCAACCAGUUAUUUUUUCAUUAGGAAAGUUACGUAUAAUAAUUCAUACAAUUGGUAUUUCUAAACAUGAAGACUGGAAUUGGGCAGGGUCUGGAUAUACUGCUUCGCUUACAUAUGGAAAAGAUAAUCUACUUUACUUACAAGGUUUUGAAUAUGAUAAAUGUUAUAUUCAAGUAUAUAAUAAUAAAGGUUUAUUAAAUACGGUUUAUGGAAAAGACCCAAAUGAUGUAUAG